AUGAAAUCCGCGCCUUACACCACCACUUCUACAUCAUCGCAUCAUUCAUGGAUGCCGAUUUCUCUUCGAGAGCCACCAGCCAAAUUCCAGAAAAUCAGCACCACUGCCUCGGCUCCAAUCCAUCAGAGCACUUCGUCACUCAAAAUGAAGACAACGAUCACAAAGACCAGAAAGCGAGUCUCGCCAAAUCAGACAGAACUCCCACCACUUCCGGCCAUCUCCACUUUCUUCGAUUCUGGAUCCUCGUCACACAGCUCCAGCUCCAACUCUUCUCUCGGAUCGUACUGUCAAUUCUCCCCUGACGGAAACUACACCAUCUACCAUCUCCCAAUGAACUAUAUUCCAUAUGUGCCGGAGACAACCACUGCCUCGACUUCCACGAGUGCCAUGGCCAGUCCGAUCAUCCAUUGCCCACCUAUGUCAGCGGAUGAGCACAAGCCAGUCAACCAGCCGCUCUUCAUCCAGACCGCCGAUCCCUACGACUACUCGGCUCCAGACCUUACCGGUGGAUACCCCAGCAGUGCCACCAUCAAUGCCAGCCAGCUUCUUCUCCGUCCGGUCCCAAAUGGACGUAUUUAG